AUGGGUUUCUUUGGGUACUCAGCAAGUACUGACAAAAUGGGUGAGCUAAAGCGUCCAAACCUCUGCAAGGAAUGGAGCUUUUUCUAUGACUGCAUCACAAGAGCAUUUGGAAACAAGUGCAAUAACUUCGAUGCUAUUCCUAUAUUCAGCCAACAGAUCGGGUACUCUCUAAUUCAUAACCUUAAACUUGAUCUUGCUACAUCCAUACUGCGUUUUAUUGGAGAUAGAAGAAAAGAGAAUAUGAACAUUGUAUAUUAUGCUAGAUUUUGUCAGCUUAUAUUCUCUUACUGUUUUCCUGAUGUACCCAUCCCUGAAACUGGUAAUGAAUUGCCCUUUAAGAUCACCAAACGUGACUUUACUGAUCUUAUUAAGAAGGAUAGUAAGAAACCAAAUGUGCCUGUGUUUGCUAUUCUUAUGACUGUACAAGAUAAGUUAAGGGUAGCUCUGCCUGAUAAGUAUGCCCCAUUAUUCUCUGAUGAGAAUAUACCACAGCCUCCCCCUUCUACUGUUGAUCCAGAACCAGUCCCAACCUCUGGUCCUUCCCAAAAGGGGCCAGUUGUAAAAUCUACUCCAGCACUAACCUCUGGUCCUUCCCAACAAGGGCCAGUUGAAACAUCUUCACCUAAACGGGUUCUCAGGUCCACUAAAUCCCCAACCAAACCCUCCCCACCUCCCAAAAAAAGAAGAUUUCUGCAGAAAAUAUCAGACUCUGACUCUGAUGAAGCACCUCCACCUCCUCCACCAGCAAAGAAACCAAGAAAGAAAAUCAAGCCAACCACAAUCACUGACCUGAUUGUUGAGCCACCUCAGUCAGAGGAUCCCACACAAGCCUUGAUUCCAUUCUCUGAUCAACCCUCAGCUGCAGAGCCAGUCAUGAUUGAACCUCUUUCUGCAAUUCCACUUGACACAAUGGCAGUUGAUACACAAAUGUCAGAAUCAUUCUCUGAGCAUAAUGAUCAACCAACAGUGACAAAAUCUGAUGAAGGGUUGAAGUUGAAUCAGGAAUCUCUGAUUCAACAUGAAAAUAUAAUUGCAGCUGGUACUACAGUGUCAGAAAAAGCUUCUGAUGUCCCAAGUCAAUCAGAAGAUGCACAAAUAGAGAUGGUCUUGCAGAUGAUUCAAGACUCUCUGCUUCAACCUGAAGAAAUUGAUGCAGCUCCUGCUCAGGAGAUUACUACAGCUGCAAAUUCUGAUGCAGCUACUGAAGCUCUGGCAUCACAUACUCUGAGUAUUUUUAUUGAUGAAAAUGAAGAUGAUGAUGCAAUAGAAGUUACAUCUCUUCUUGUACAGACCCAUGAUCUUCACCUGUUUAUCUCUGAUCAAGUCAGAGAUUCUACACAAGUCAAGGAUGAUUCUCCAAUUACAGCACUGUCACCAGUCAGAGAAUCCUCUCCUAUCAUAGCUCCUACAGUUCCAAGCCCUACACUUCUUUCCUCUGAGCCUGCCAGAAGGAGAGUCUGCAACUUAACUUAUUGUCAAAGGAUGUGCAGAGCUACACCUCCUUCUAUUGAAGACAGACUUACUUCCAUUGAGGCCACUCAAACUUCAAUGCAGCAUACUCUAGCUGAUUUGAGCACUUCUGUGGCUCAGCUGGUUCAAGUUCUCACCUCUGCUGAUGUCAAAAAGGGGGAGAAAAUAUCCAAAGACAAAUGCAAACUUGAUCAGCAAAUGAAAAAGAAAAGGCCAGAUGGUGAUGAAGAAGGAAAAGGGGAGAUGGCUGACAAAUAG